AUGACAAGAUCAUAUCUUUUUACAAGGGAUGUGUGUAGUUCACAGAAUCACUUUAACGGAGAGAAUCUAGGUGCUAGGGUUUCGGCUGUGUUCGUAAUCCUAGCUGUUUCUGCGUUUGGGGCAUUUUUUCCAUUAGUUGUACAACGAUGCCCUUAUUUUAAUCUACCUAAGUGGUGUUUCUUUAUCACAAGAUACUUUGGGUCAGGUGUUAUAGUAGCUACAGGGUUCAUUCAUCUAUUAGCUGAAGCAGACAAAGCACUUUCAGAUAAUUGUCUUGGUGGAAUUUUUGCAGAAUACCCAUGGGCAGAAGGAAUAGCACUUAUGGGUGUAUUUUUCAUGUUCUUUCUCGAUAUAGUAGCUCACAAACGUCUUGAGGAUAAGGCAAAUAAGAAAGAAAAGUUAAAGGUUGAAAUAGCGGAAGUGCAAAGUGAAAAUUCACUCGAAAUGCAAGAUAUCAAAGAAGAAAUCAAAGAAGAUACAUCUGGAGAUGAUAAUGCUACACCGACAGAGAAUGUGUAUCAGCAAAUCCUAAAUUCGUUUGUGCUAGAAUUCGGAAUAAUAUUUCAUUCUGUUUUUGUGGGGUUAUCAUUGGCAAUUGCGGGGGAUGAGUUCAAAGCUCUUUACGUAGCAAUUGCCUUUCAUCAAAUGUUUGAAGGAUUGGGUUUAGGCACACGGUUUGCCAUGACUCCGUGGCCAAAAGACAAACAAUACAUUCCUUGGAUUUUAGCUUUAGCUUACAGUUUGACUACCCCGAUAGCUAUUGCAAUUGGUCUUGGUGUGCGAAAUUCUUAUCCACCGGGAUCAAGGGUUGCAUUAAUCACUACAGGUUGCUUCGAUGCCUUGUGUAGUGGAAUUUUAAUUUACAACAGUUUGGUAGAAUUAAUGGCCUAUGAUUUUAUUUUUUCUCCCGAAUUUAAAGGCGAUAAUGGUAUGCAAAAAAUGCUUUGGGCAUAUUUUUGUUUAGCAUUUGGAGCAGCAAUCAUGGCAUUAAUUGGAAAGUGGGCAUAA